AUGGCCUUUCCUUUCCGUAUCGUUGAGCACGUCGUUCCUGGCCAGCAUAUUCGCGAAUACCCCGCUGCCACAGCAAACAGCCAAGAAGAGCCUUUGAACUUAGCCGUGAAACAAUACAUUCCGCUCGAUAACCCCAGCCCGCAACCUGGCGAUGUGACCAUUCUAGCUGCCCAUGCAAAUGGCUUUCCCAAGGAACUGUAUGAGCCUCUCUGGGAGGAGAUUCACGCCAGAGCCAAAGAUGCCGGAUUUCGCAUUCGCAGUAUCUGGAUGGCCGACGUGGCCUGGGAAGGCGAGAGCAGCGUGCUAAACGAACAUACUCUAGGCAAUGAUCCGAGCUGGUUUGACCACCCUCGAGACCUUCUCCACCUGGUCAACGUCAAGCGAGCCGAAAUGCCACGACCCAUUAUCGGCGUCGGCCACAGCUUCGGCGGUGCCCACCUCACGCAGUUAAGCUUGAUGCACCCCCGGCUGUUCCACUCCCUGGUCCUACUCGACCCGGUUGUCCAGCGGCAGACCACUCAGCUUGAUGGACUCAGCCUGGAGGAGAACAAGCGAAUCAUCGCAAAGACCACCCAGCUCUCCACUUACCGGCGAGAUCUGUGGCCUUCGCGACAGGCCGCACAGGAAGGAUUCAAGCGCAUGGGACCCCCCGAGUUCUCGAUCGCUGGGUUAAGUAUGGCUUGCGCGAUCUUCCUACCCUUCACCAUCCCCUCGACGACAAGACCGUCACCGAUAAGAACAAUCCCCCCCGUUACACUGCGCACCCCGCUCCAUCAUGAGGUCUUUACCUUCUCCCGACCUAACUACAAUCAUAUCCCCGGUAGCGGCAAGCCUGUAAAUCGGGUGACACACCCAGACCUAGACGAGAACAACAAGCAGUCAUACCCUUUCUACCGGCCCGAGCCGUUGCGCAUCUUCUCGCAGCUGCCAUUCCUUCGCCCGAGCGUGCUUUACAUCUUCGGCGGCAAGUCUGACAUGUGUCUGCCAUGGAUGAUGGCCGAUAAGCUCGAGCACACAGGUGUUGGCCUCGGCGGUAGCGGCGGUGUCGCUGCUGGACGCGUGCGUGAUGUCCUUCUCAAAGACAAGGGCCAUUUGCUUGCCCAAGAGGCAGUUAAUGAGUGUGCUGAUGCUGCUGUCUCCUGGAUGGCACCCGAGCUCCGUCGCUGGAAAGACGAGGAGGAGAGUUUCUGGUCCGCGUGGAAUAAGAAAAGCAAGCUUGAAAAGGUUUCCAUCGAUGCGGAGUGGCUGAAGCACGUUCCUGAACCGGCACGUCGCCCUAAGAAAACCGAUGCCGGUAAGCCCGAAUCGAAGCUUUGA